AUGACCGAAGAAGGUUUUUAUAGUUUUGAUGCUGAUGGUUAUUUUCCCACAGUUCCACAUGAGACGGCUCAUGCUGACCCAUCUAGCAAAGCCCGAGAUUUUCAUUAUAAGUUAGUAGGCUUGGGUUAUCGGGAGAAAGUUAAAGAUAGAUUUAAAGAAUUAAGAAAGAUAAAAGGACAAUCCAAAUUGCCACAAGAAGGCAUAUUAGGUUAUCAAAGAGUAAGAGGAGCCAUUGCCCGAACUGCUUUCUCGGAAAUAGUUUUUGAAGAAGCCAUUCCCAUCGACCAAGAAUUCUUACCCCGAGAACAACAUGACUUCCGAGAUUUAGUAAAAAGUUUAAAAGGUCGAAAAGGCAAAGACGGAGAGAGAAUACCAACUAAAAUAACUUUUCUAGCUAAUGCUUAUUCGUGGAGUGCUUGA